AGGAAAAGCCAGCAGGGAGCAGAGGGAUUUUCCCAAAUCUCAGCCUGCUCACCCGGGACCUGCCUCCCCUCGAGUGUGGGAGCAGCCAGGGUGGUGCUGGGGCACCCCACAAGGGUUUGGGGCAUCCCACACAGUUCUGGGGGAUCCAAAACGGUUCUGGGGGAUCCCACACAAUUUUUGGGGAUAUAAAACAGUUCUGGGGGAUCCCACACAGUUCUGGAGGAUCUAAAACAGUUCUGGGGGAUCCCACACAGUUCUGGAGGAUCCCACACGGUUCUGGGGGAUCCCACAUGAUUCUGGAGGAUCCCAAACAGUUCUGGGGGAUCCCAAACAAUUCUGGAGGAUCCCAAGCGGUUCUGGGGGAUCUCACACAGUUCUGGAGGAUCCCACAAAGUUCUGGGGGAUCCAAAACGGUUCUGGAGGAUCCCAAACAGUUAUGGAGGAUCCCAAACAGGUCUGGGGGAUCCCACCCAGUUUUGGAGGAUCCCACACAGUUCUGGACAGCCCCAAUCCAAGCUUCCACCCUGCAUUCCCACUCACCUCGUUACUCCAGGAGCGAACCCCCCUGCCCAGCCCCUGGCCGUGCUGGAAGGUGAUGGAGAGGGUGAGGAAGGCCCCUGAUCCUGCAGGGAAAAUGCUGGGAAAGGGGAAAGGAGGCAGAGCCUCGGGAGCGGAGGGGAUUCCGGCAGGGACAGCUGGGCUGGAGGGGAAUCCUGGCCGUGGGUUUGGCAUUUUUCCAUUGGGAUGGGGGGCGGGAAUCACACCCUGAGCCACGGCUGGGUGUGUGUGUCCCUGCUGGGUGCCGGUGUCCGGGGAAUCCUCCCUGUGUUCCCGGGAUCCCGCACUGUAUUCCGUGGAUCCCUCGCUGUAUUCCUGGGAUCCCUCACUGUAUUCCCAUGGAUGCCUUGCUGUAUCCCAUGGAUCCCUCACUGUAUUCCUGGGAUCCCUCACUCUAUUCCUGGGAUUCCACACUGUAUUCCCAGGAUUCCUCUCUGUAUCCCACAGAUUCCUUGCUGUAUUCCCCUGAAUCCCUCACUGCAUUCCCACAGAUCCCUCAGUGUAUUCUUGUGGAUCCUUUUCUUUAUCCCACAGAUUCCUCACGUAUUCCCACAGAUCCCUCACUGUGUUCCUGUGGAUCCCUCCCUUUAUCCCAGAGAUCUCUCACUGUAUCCCACAGAUUCCUUGCUGUAUUCCUGUGGAUCUCUCACUAUAUUCCCGCAGAUCCCUUGCUGUAUGAAACAGAUCCCUCACUGUAUUCCUGUGGAUCCCUCACUUUAUCCCACAGAUCCCUCACUAUAUUUGCACAGAUCCCUCACUGUAUUCAUGUGGAUCCCUCACUGUAUCCUGCAGAUCCCUCUCUGUAUGCCACAGAUCCCUCACUUUAUCCCACAGAUCCCUCGCUGUAUCCCACAGAUCCCUCACUGUAUCCCGCAGAUCCCUCACUCUAUUCCCACAGAUCCCUCGCUGUAUUCCCGGGAUCCCUUACUCUCUGUAUCCUGCAGAUCUCUCGCUGUAUUCCUGGGAUCCCUCACUCGCUGUAUCCCACAGAUCCCUCACUGUAUCCCACAGAUCCCUUGCUGUAUCCCGCAGAUCCCUCGCUGUAUUCCUGGGAUCCCUCACUCGCUGUAUCCCACAGAUCCCUCCCUCUAUUCCCGCAGAUCCCUCGCUGUAUUCCCGGGAUCCCUCACUCGCUGUAUCCCACAGAUCCCUCGCUGUAUCCCACAGAUCCCUCACUGUAUCCCGCAGAUCCCUCGCUGUAUUCCCGGGAUCCCUCUCUCCGCUGGCUCCCUCGGUGCCGCUCGGUGCCAGCUGGGUGCCCCUAACUCCGGGAUUUCCCCGCUAAUCUGGGCCCUAUCGCUGCUAAAGCCGCAAUUAUCCCGGGAUUAG